AACUGCCGGCUCACUUUACCGCAGUUGAGGGGCGCUGGGAUGAAGCGUUUGUGUGGUGAAAGAAAAAAACUCCGCGCGUGGGUUUUGUUUUUAUGACAACAAUAUCUUGACAAUUUCAACCCACGACAACCCUCACCAAAAACAUUCAGUGUCUGGCCAAUCUGCUCCCACAAAUGGACUUUUCUGUCUGUGUUAUGAUAGUUUCUGUCUGACAUGAAGCUCAGGAGGGCCAAAUCAAGCUUCUCCUCCAUUUUCUUGGUUACCUGGGUGACGAGUCCCGCCCCAUCUAAUAUAUGAUUGGUUUCCUCAAAAGGAGCGACAGUGACGACACCAGCGCCCAUCUGACAAAUUCUGAGAUUUUCUGCUGCAACUGUAGAGUAAAAUAUUCGUUAUUGCCAAAAUAUUCAUCUGCAACCACGAAAGCAGGAACUGGUCUAUGCUAGGGGUCAGGGGUCCUCUUAACAUGUGUAUAUCAACAAUGCAGCUAAUAGGGGCUAAAGGUCAAAUUUGCAUAUUUAAACCAAAGCAGCAACACUUUCUUGGUGACAUUCAGCAUGAUGAUGCAGAGAGGGCUGUUAUUGUUUGGACUGGUGGCUCUGGCCACUUCCUAUACUAUACCUGUUUCCCGAGAGGUACAUGAGGUGUAUAAGAAUGGUGAAGAUGAGAACCCCAUCCUAAACCUGGGUUCAGACGCCAACCUGUUUGAGGGGGAUAUUUUAAUUCCAGAAGGAAAAAAUGCCCUGAUUGACACAGCAUACAGAUGGAAAUUUCCAAUCCCCUACAUUCUGGGUGAUGACUUGGAUCUGAAUGCCAAGGGCUGUGUCCACCAGGCUUUUGAAAUGUAUCGGCUGAAGUCUUGCAUCGACUUCAAGCCUUAUGAAGGAGAGAAGACCUACAUCAAGUUUGAAAAGAGAGGAGGGUGUUUCUCCAGCGUUGGUGACCAGCAGACAGGUCAGAUUCUGUCUUUGGGAUCUGGCUGUGACCACAAGGCGGUGAUUGAACAUGAGCUACUCCAUGCUUUGGGCUUUUACCACGAACAGUCUCGCACAGACAGGGAUGACUAUGUCGACAUCUGGCUGAAUCAGGUUUUACCAGGAAUGGAACACAACUUCAACAAAUACAAUGAUGACUACAUCACAGACCAAAACACGCCGUACGACUACGAGUCCAUCAUGCAUUACAGGCCAUUCUCCUUCAAUAAGAACGACUCCAUCCCCACUAUCACCACCAAAAUCCCAGAGUUCUAUAACAUCAUUGGCCAGUACCUCGACUUCAGCGAGAUGGACGUCCUCAGGCUCAACCGCAUGUACAACUGCUCUGGACCUCUCACCCUGCUGGACCAGUGUGCCUUUGAGUACGCCAGCAUCUGCGGGAUGAUUCAGAGCACCUCUGAUGACGCUGACUGGAUCCAUACCAAGAGCAGUGUGAGUGCACCAGAUCACACGCUCCUGGGAAAAUGCAGAGAUGCUGGUUUCUUCAUGCACUUCAGCACCAAUAAAGAGAGCCCUGGGGAGUCAGCUAUGCUGGAAUCCCGAACCCUCUACCCCAAGAGGAAGCUUCAGUGUCUGCAGUUCUUCUACAAGAUGACUGGAAGCCCCAAGGACAGGCUGGUGAUCUGGGUCAAGACGGAUGAUGGCACAGGCACCGUUCGUAAAAUGAAGAAAAUACACACCUUUAAUGCGGAUUCUGACCACACAUGGAAGAUCGCCCACAUCCCAAUGGAGGUAGGGGAGAAAUUCCGCUAUGCUUUCCAAGCCGUCCGUGGCAACUCUGCUGCAUCCACCGGUGGCAUCUACAUUGAUGACAUCAGCCUGACAGAGACACGCUGCCCCAGCGCAGUGUGGAGGAUCCAGAACUUCUCCAAGAUUAUGGAAACCGCUGACAUAAGCACAGUUAUCGACAGCCCUCGUUUCUACAGCCCAGAAGGCUACGCUUAUGGCGUCCGUGUUGUGCCUUUGACAGGAUACUCUGAUUACACAGGGCACUACACUGGGCUGUACUUCCACCUGGCCAGUGGGGUGAAUGAUGCGGUGAUGCAGUGGCCAGCGGUAAACCGACAGGCCACCAUGGUGGUGAUGGACCAAGACCCAGAUGCUACACGGAGGAUGUCCACUGCCCGCAGCCUCACUACUGAUACGAUGAAGAACCCAGAUGGAAAUUUCUUUUGGGACGAUCCCUCCAAGGUGGGGUGGUAUGACUCUUCCUGUGAUUGCUACAGAGGGGGAUCAUGGGGCUGGAGUAACUUUGUCAAGCACUUUGACCUCAGGCGACGUAAUUACCUCAAGAAUGAUGACCUCAUCAUCCUCAUCGACUUUGAUGAUAUAACAUCACUGAUCAAAACAGAGGUUCCCAUUAAACCACAGGAGUAAAGACACACCGGCUUUUAUAUCAUGAUGAACUGGAGAUGCAACAUAUGCAGCUGGGAUGAGAAAAACAACCUGUGAAGAUGAGGGGUGGAAGAAUACUGCUGUGACACAACAUCAGAAUUAAAACACAUAAUAUAAAAAACAUUAAAUGUAAAGGUACAUUUGCUAUAUAAUCUAUAUGUAAAAGUUCAAAUAUAUACAUGAAAAGGUUUUGA